CUCUUAAUUUAGUCCAACUUAUUGCACCAAGAUGGAAGCUCUAGGGUUGGCCCUGCUGAUCAUCGUGGGUACGGUCAACGCUGUGGACUUUACGCCUGGCUGUAGUUUUAUUGGGGGUCAGUGCAUGUACACUGUCCAGCUUGGCCACCAGGGUCAAUGUGACGCACAACCGGUCUCAGGAGCUGACUCCCAAUGUUGUACGAGUGUUCAAACAGACUUGGCAAGCCUCCAGAAAGAUGUGCAGACUUUGAAACAACAAAUUCCGGCCCUCACUGAUGUUCUCAACAAAACAAGGGCAGACCUGAACAUAUCACGAGCGCUUGCCGAGUCGUUGCAAGGAGAGAGAGACUCUCUUCUGGAGAUGUUACACAGGCUUGAGACAGAGAUGAACAAAACAGAGUCACAAAACUCUCACAUCUUAGCUCUUGCAAGGGACGAGAUCGCUUCUCUUAGAAGAGACCUGACGAACAUGACCUUAGCUCUACGUACAUGUCAAGCUGCCCUAGGUGUCACAACUGGCCAGAAUGUUCUGCCUGAUUCUUUAAGUGGAGAUGUUCACCUGUCUUACUGUAAUUUUAACUCAACGGACAUCUGUGGCUACACUAAACUGAGUGGCACGACAUCAUUUUACUUGCUUCACACAGGAAGUUCCACUUUAACAGGACCUCAGGUUGAACACAGUGCAGGCAUUAACACUGGUACCUAUUUGGGCCUGGACAUAAAAAAUGAGCUCAGUACAGAACGGCAACCAGGGCUUCACACGGCCAUUAUAGAAAGCAGCCUGUAUCAGCCGGCCAACGGCUAUUGUAUUUAUUUUUGGUACUCCAUGAAAGGAAGUGACGUCAGGCAACUCGACGUCAAUAUCCGGAUUGGAGGAGGUACUGGCUACCCCGUCUGGUCCAGAUCUGGAGAUCAAAAAGUAGACUGGUUGCUUGGUCAAGUUGACCUAGACAGUGAAUACACCUCACAUCCAUUUAAGCUUGACUUUGUUGCUACUACCAAUGCUUAUAAGUCCUACAAUUACAACAAUCGGAAUUAUGACUUUAAUUACAUCAACUCAGACAUUGGGAUUGAUGACGUUUAUGUGUACAACACGUCAUGUGCAAAUAUACCAAGAUGUCCACCAAUGGCUGUCAAACACACACUGAACAACGUCACUUCCUGUUACACGUUCCAUGCCACCCCAAUGACAUGGGCGGAGGCCUAUGACUUCUGCAGACGAGAGGGACCCUAUUCUGCCCUUGUCAGUGUUGAGACAGAAGCGGAACAUAUUUUCCUGGUCAACCACAUCAAGCAAGAUACAGCUUUAUCUGUGGUGGGACAAAAUGGUUUCUACACAAGCGGAAGUGACGUCGGGAAUGAGCACAGCUUUAAGUGGACAGACACUGGCAUCCCUCGGCCAGUCACUUGGUCAGCCGGUUGGCACGCUGGUCAGCCUAAUAACGUAGGCGGCAAUCAGAACUGCUUGUUGAUGCAGUAUCCAGCUGAUGACUACAAAUGGGGCGAUAUAGAGUGUGAUAGCAAGCAUCCUUUUAUUUGUGAAGUCUACUACCAAGUUUAAGUUUGUAUAGAGUUUAAUAACAAGCACCCUUUUAUUUGUGAAAUAGACGGUACAAACCCUACGUUGUAUAGGGUUUGAUCACAAGCACCCUUUUAUUUGUGAAGUCUACUACGAAAUAUAACUUAUGUAUAGAGUUUGAUAACAAAGCAUAAGAAACAUAGGAAAUACUUUACAAAUGACACAAAUAAGCUUAUACGAAGUGUAAUUGUAUCACUUUGCUUAGAAAAGUCAUGUCAUUAAAUUUGUAAUAGAUCUAGACCAAGAACAAUAAAUGAUAAUAUUUUUA